AUGAAAANNGGCGGACGCUUCCCGUCUGAUCUCCAGAUCCCUCGCACUAUCGCCGCAUCGCCUGACAGUGAGUCUGAUGAGGCCGACCACAACACCAUUCCUGGUGUGACUGCCCUCCCCGGUGUAGCAGUCGUUGGACCAGCUCGCUACGAGGACCCUUAUCGCCUUCAAGGUGUUGCAACCCACGAGCAACCUGCAUUCACCUCUGCCGCUCCUGGCUCUGUCGCUCAUGCCAGAGAGACUUUGCCUCUCAGACAGGAAAAUUCUACACCUGAGUCUUAUCAGCCCAAUCCUGUUGAUAACUUCAAUACCACUUCUGUUCCUCAGAACAACGUGGUUCAGCCAACUCAGACGUUCGUCUUGCCUGUCCAACAUGCAGCUCCAGCUCACCAGCUCCAGCCCGAUGUUCCCGUCAGCCCUAUCGAGCAGCCACAAUCUCUAGCUCCUGCUGCUAAGCCAAUGAGACAAAACACCAACUACAGCGACUGGAUGGCUCCUGCAGCCGCAGGAGUCGGUGCAGGCGUCUUGGGUACUGAAGCCUACCGCCACCAACAUAACAAGGACCAGCCUUCUUCCAAUGCCAUUUCUGAAGAACAGCAGACCCCUUACGUCGACGAGCGUCCUCGUGAUCUGACUGGUGGUCACACCACCAUGCCCACCACUAACGAAGCUGCGACUACCAACCCUUCGGCUUUUGCAAACAAUAAUGGCAUUUCAGGCGCCACAUACACCGGCACUGCUCCCUUUCCUGUCUUGAUUCCCAGCUCUUCCAACGUUCCUCAAUCUCCUGAAUUUGUUCGUUACGCCCCAUCCACUUAUGGCGGCGAGACUCCCGGUGCUCAGAGCUCUGACGGUCUUGGUGGCCUCGAAAGCGAGGGUGCACACGAAACUGGCAAUUUCUUUCCCAAAGUCGUUAGACACGACACCGACAUGAGCGUGAGCAAGCUUCACGUUCCUGGCGAGUUCCCUCCUGCCACUCCUGGUUUCAUGCCUACUGAGAACCAGCCUGAGAGAAACGUGUCUCCUCGUCCUACCGUAGGCUCUCACGGCACUUUCAUCGCUCCCUCUGCUUGGGACCUGGCAAGAGAGUAA